UUUUUUCAUUGCAGGGUGUGAUAUCGGUAGUAGAUUAAGAAUGUCUACUUGGUGCUAAAUUUAUUAUUAUUUAUUCAUUAAAUUUAUACAUUUUGUCUGUAAGUUCAUUAUCUCGAUACAAUGUCGAAGGAGAAAGAAAAAUACAAGUCUGUCUUUAACAUAUCUGUUGUUGGAUUAUCUGGAAGCGAAACGUUCAAAGGAUCAAGUGGGGUUGGAAAAUCAUGUCUCUGUAAUAGAUUUGUUCGUCCACUGGCCGAUGAUUAUUACCCGGAACAUACAUCCGCUCUAAGCCAAUCAGAUUUUGCAGGGAGAGUUGUCAGUAAUGAUCAUUUUUUAUACUGGGGAGAGGCAAUAAAAACAGAUGAUAAUGGCCUUGAAUAUAAAUUCAAUGUCGUUGAACAAACUGAAUUUAUUGAUGACCAAUCAUAUCAACCACAUAGAUCAUCUUCAAAUCAAAACUAUGUAAAAAGAUGUGCUUCAGUAAAACUUACAUCUGCUGAAAAAUUGAUGUAUAUUUGCAUUGAUCAACUUGGCAUUGAAUCAGAUUUUGAGCAAAAACCAAUGCCCGAAGGAAAAUUAACAAUUGAUGGAUUUCUACUUUGUUUCGACGUCAGUCACGUAACGAACAGAACAAUUGAUGAUCAGGUGAAAUUCAUUCAGAACUGCUAUCAUUACCUGUCUAAAACCAAGAAACCGAUAGUAUUGGUGCUGACAAAAUGUGACGAGCGUGUGGAACCGUAUGCGAAAGAGGCAGAGAAAUUUGCAAGUUCUCCUGGUGGAAAGAAGGGAUGGAUACCUAUCGUAGAAACUUCUGCUGAGGAAAAUAUAAAUGUGGAACUUGCUUUUAUGGUUCUGGCUCAAAUGAUUGAUAAAGCAAGGUCAAAGACAAAGAAUGUUUCAUAUGAAGAUGCAUCAAAGGUACGACAAGAUAUCUUAGGUCAGGCAUCAGAAGAUUUGAAAAAACUGCUUUCGGAGGUCGUGAAAUCAUAUCAUGAGAAUUGGGGAACUGCCAGGAAAAAUUUGGAAGAUAAGCCAGCAUAUAAAAGAUAUGUAGAACUUCUGGGUAAAAACUUUGCAUCAAAAAUUUUCCGCAAACACGUCAAUAGACUGCGAGAUGAAUACAGAAUGUCAAUGCAAAACGAUUAUUUGAGAUAUUUGUCGAGAGCUUUUCGUAUGAUUCUACCAGAUCUAUCAUUACUCGGUGCUACAUGGCAGGAUACAAUCUCCAUUAUGACAAAACAACCCACUUUUAACAGCUGGUUUAUACAACUGGAAGGUAGCGCUACACCAUGGUAUGAAAAUGAUCAUGUAAAUUCACUGGAAGAUAGAAGAAUACCUUUAGAAUUAUUGCGAACAGUGGACGCAGAGAAUGCAUAUCUUAAUCAUAGAAGAGAAUUGGAAUUGAAACAACACAGGCAUGACAUGAAACUUGCUUUCAAAGAAACAUUGCUAAAAUCUCCACAGGUGACUCCAGGAUGUGAGUGGGGCGAUGUUGUUCGAUAUUUCAGGCAAUAUGAUUUCAUUAGCGAAUUAACAGAAGCUGAAGUUUCAACUAUUUAUGAGCAAUUCCAGGCUGAUAUCACAACGAAAGCAAAAUUGGAUUUCCAAGAACUUCUUUAUGAAAAAGCUGAAGUUUUUGUUGGAGCAACACACAUGGGUAUUCAUGAUGCACUGGGAAUUGACAAAAGAUACAUUGCAAUGGACAGACUUCUAAAAGAUCGGGAUGAUAUUUUGAACAGACAUAUCUCUAGCAUGUUGUAUCCUAAUCAAGAUGAAUGGGGACAUAGAUGUUUAGAGCGUCUCGUCUCUCAAAUUAAGAAGACAAAACCAAGAGACAAGCCAUUGCCAAGCAGCAAAUGGCAAUUGAAACCUGAUUCAAAAACAUUGAACGUUGUGUUGCUUGGUGCUGAUGGAUUAUCAAGAGAAUUAGCUAACGAAAUUACGGUUCAAUCAUCAGAGGAUGCCUAUACAUUGGAUGGAUGUAUUCACAGCCUUAGAUUGAGAUGUAUCGACGGCGACGUCCGUAGCCCGAGAAAUUCUUUCAAAACGUCUGAGUUUUCACCACAUGGAUGUAUUGCUGUGUAUUCCUCUCUAGAAUCUCUACAAUAUGUCCAAAAAAGUCUUGAACAGACAGUGAUGCAGCCAUCUGAUGGAUCUUUAUUGAUUUCGCCACCUUUUCAAGGUCUUCCCGUGUCUAUCCUACUUGCUAGUCAGGCUGGAUCAAACCAAGAGGUCACUAAACUUCGCAGCGAAGGUGAAAACCUAGCGGCAGUCCUUGGAUGUCCUUUUAUCGAUGUAAUGGAACCAGAAUACGCUUACAAUCGUAGAUUUCAUGAGUCUCAAAUCAGACGAGCCAUGAGAUCAUUAAUCAACGGAAUCAAAGAGCGAGCAGGAAGCAGCAGAAAUUCCAGGACCGUCAUAGAAAUAUGUGAAGACAAUAUUGAUCCUGAUAUAAGAAUUGUAGCUUGUACAAUGGCUGAUGACCGUACCGGUGCUGACAUUGCCCUUUUACCUUUGCUAAAUCAUUCUUCGUGCAAAAUCAUGCCGCCUAACGAAGAAGAUAAAGACAAAGAUGCGUCUUCAACUGCUAGCGAUGAUCGAGAAGACGCAAUCGAAGUUGGAGAUUCCCUCGUCGUCGAAACGUAUCUCGGAAAUCAACGUCGUAGGAUCCAUAUUACAAUGACUUCCUACCAGAGUGCAAGACAUCUUUUAAACAGAAGACAAACUGUGCAUGGAUUUUUACUGCUGUUUGAUACAGGAAGACCGGCUUCGUUUUCUGUUAUGAAGGUUUUUGCCGAAUACACUGUCAGUGCCUAUCCAAUCCAAAUAGUAUGUAUGUCAUCCAAAUCGAAAGAUUCGUUUUCGAGCAGUUUUUUUCGCGACCAAGAAACUCAAAAAAUUGUCAUUGAGGCCAACAAACUUGCUGAUAAGUUACAGGCAAGGUUCAUGACUGUUUCACCAAAUCAUAACAAGCAAACUGAAGUUUAUACCACUUUUUUUAAAGAUGCUUGGGAGCAUAAGGAUCAAACUGAAGCUAUAAAUAGCAUUGCAAGAGCAGUCGCAGAAGGAGGAAACUCUACUGAAAUGGACGAUGAUUGUGGAUUAGAACUAGCCAUGGAUUUGUCGAAAUCUACAAAUACGGAUGAAAAUUCUCAUUCUCGACCGAUCACACCGGACAAAUCUUUCAAUGUCAACGGUGUUCCGGCUACAUCAAGCACUGAAUCUUUGCCAAUGUUGAGGCCGUCUGCUGCUCAAAUAUGGAUCGAUCGUGUCAUCACCUGCGAGUGAGUCAGUUUACCUGUACCAAUGCCUCGCAACACUCCCGUGUCACCUGCAACCGAAUCUGAAUCUAGUUGGAUUGUUCCUGGAGACUACAGACCAGAGACGCCGAAUACGAGUCCAACUGCUGGGUUACUUGAUAAUGAGGAGGGUCCUGCUGUCAAUAAUUUCACAACAGACAACAAACCAUCUUCAACCUCGAGCUCACAAUCUAGCGGUUCAAUGCCUGGCAAAUUAAACCCAGAUCUUGUCAACAAGGUGGCGUCAGUGAUCCAGGGAAAACCACGGACAGGUCAAAGGGUGCUGCCUCAAUUAGAUCUUCCUACAGGACAGAAAAACGAUACAAAAGAUUCAGGCCAUCAAUCUAUUCAAUCUGCCGCAUCUCCGCACAGCCUGUCCAAAUUUUUUCAUUCCAAACACGGUGCUUCCACUAGCGCUCUCAGUAGUGUUAUUACUCGACGUCCAACACCAUACAAACAAUCGAAGAAAACUCCGCUGAAAGGUGCUGAAGAUUCAGGGGAUUCAAGCACCAAUGGAAAUCAUAGAAGUAACAGAUACUCUACUGCUGGCAUUCUAGAAUCCAAAUUGGACGUGGAACAUCACAAUGCUGGAAUGAGGCGAGGAACCAGUCAUGAACUGUUGCAUCCUGGUAUGGCAGGUUAUCGGGAGUUUACAUCAGCUUAUACUCCCAAAGAAGAAAAACUUAUGAAACAAAAAGCAAAAGACGAAGAGAAGAAACGCAAGGAUGAGGAAAAACGAAGAGAAAAGGACCAACAAAAACGAUUAAAAGAAAAAGCUCCGAAAAACGGAAUCCACGGUAAACAAACUAUCGGAGCUAUUGCUAUCGGCAAUAAUCACACAGUUUCCGAAUAUUUUAAUCAUGGACUUGACGAUAUUAUACAAGGAUUGGAUCACAUGACACCACUUUUCGUGGAAAAAUGCGUACGAUACAUUGAGCAGUUUGGAAUCUCAACUGAAGGUCUUUACAGAAUUCCAGCGAAUGCGAAAGAAAGAGAAAACAUUUUGCGGAAAUUUGACGAAGAUAAUACCAUUGAGCUUUCUUCUAUGUCAGUCACUGUGCAAACAAUAGCUGGAUGUCUGACCUGGUUUUUCAGUCACAAAAAUCUUCCAGAACCUCUCAUUCCGCACAAUCUUCAUGAAGAAUUGGAGGAAGCCAUAAACAUGCCUGAUCCAUCACUCCGAAAUUUAUCUGUUCGAGGAGUCAUAAGAAAAUUACCUAAAUCUCACUAUGCUACUUUUAAAUAUAUCUGCAAACAUUUGAACACUGUCUGUCAGCAUGAGAGUGAGAAUAAAAUGAACAGUGAAAACAUCUCGAUAUGUUGGUGGCCAACUUUAUUCAGACCAGAAUUAGACGAUAUGAAAUCGGUUUCAUUCGGACGACCUUGUUUGAAGGACGUUUUACUUACUUGCAUUGUCCAGUGUGGUUUUAUUUUUUACAACAAACCCGAAGUUUGAAUUCGAAAACUUUAUUUCAAGUAACAAUAAUAACUGUUGCUUUUUAGUUGACUUGAACGUCAACCUUGUAUUGUCGAACGCAAGAAAUCAUCUUCAGAGAUGAUUGUCUCUCGAUGAUGUCUAACCCAUUAUCCGAAUUAUAACGUUCCGAGAUUCGAAAGUAAAUUCGAUUUUGAACUAAGAUCGAGCGUUGAGAAGAGCAAAAUAGAAAAACUAUUUGUUCUUUGUAGUUCAAAGCAUGAUAUUUCCAUAUUAUGAUGUCAUAAAGCUGCUUCGCAUACAUAAUUCUUUCGACUGCUUUUAUUUUGUUUUAAUUAUUGUCCAGUAGCAACAGCAUAUUUGUUAUUGUUGUGCUGUAGGUUGAUAGCGAAACACUGUCUAAUUAAUAUUCUUAUUUUAUUUUUUGUUCAAAUCAUUCAAUUAUUGAUAUAUUGUAUUUGUUUGGAUCCUUUAUGAAGUAUGAUUUGAAGAAUUAAUCAGAACAUCAAGCAGGGAUGUCUACAGCUCAAAUUUUGUCCAUUUCAGUUUUAAAAAAGUCAUCCUUGUAAGAAAAUGCUAUUUUUUGAAGAAUUUAUUAGUUUUCUAAUUCGCAAGAAACUUUGAUUUUUAAGUAAUGUUUAGUAUUCAAAAUAAAGUCUUCUCAAUGGUAAAAAUUCAGUACAUUCUCCAAAAUCCUACACUUUGUUGAGCGCAAUUCAUAAUACAAUGAUUUUUGUUUCAAAUUCGCACAUAUCAUACUUUUUUCGCUCAAAAUUGAUGAAAUAUGUACACAAAUCAUAUUAUGUGUCUUGUUAAUAUAACUAUUGACAAAUCAAUUUUGUUGUUUGUUCAAAUUGUUUUGCAUCCCUGCUUGCAACAUGCUCGAAUUGGCGCUUAAAGUUUUCCAAUAAUUAUGCCGUGUGUACUAUUGUCGUUAAUUAAUUGACAAUAAUCUUUUUGCUUUCUUCACAGAAUUUUUUUCUGCUUGUUGAAACAUUUUUUUUUUUAUUACCUUUGUCAAUGUUCGAAAAACAAUGUGUAAAACGUUGAAAAAAUAUGGAAAUGUUAUUAUGUGAGAUGUAACAAUUCGCUUAAUUUAUUUAUAGUUUGCCAUAUGUGUUGAAACUGAAUUUCAUAGGACAUACUGUUAUGUCUGAACUUCGAUCAGGCUAAUUAACUUCUAAUUGGGAUCAGCUAGAUUCUGAGAACGCCAAAAUUAUGAAACACAUUUAAUUUGUGUAUGAAAUUUUUGCAGUUUGUUUUCUUAAGCAUGUCAAUCAAUUGGCAUUUAUGAUCUUUAUUGGAAUCGAAAUGGCUUAUACCAGGCAUGUUUUUGCAUUAUAUGAUUUCUGAAUAUCUUUUUCAUUUUAGAUUUAUGGGAGAAAAUUCAAUUUGAAACUUUCGCAAUAUUUGAAUUUGAUUCUGUGCUCAAAUUUUUGUAUCGAACUUGAUUGUCAAUUAAUCAUAACCCAAAAUCUAUUUGUAAAUUUGAUGCCCCACUUUAUUAGGGAGACAAUAUCUACCGUGCCCAUAUGCACCAUACUGACUGAUAAUGAUCUCUUUAUAAUGCAUUUGUCAGAGCAAUAGAACUAGGUAUAGUAGUAUAUAUCGUUCCCAAACUGUCUGAUGAAGUCUUUAGAAAAUUUACUAUUUUUGAUGCAGAGAAAUUCCUAAUAAUGUGACAUUCCUGCUAAGUCGUCUCAUUGUAUCAAAUAUGGUGAUCGCAAUCUGGAAGUUGUUUUCUCAUAAUGUCUAUUCUGCAAAUAUGACAAUGCUAAUGAUUGUGCUUUUUGAUUUACAGUGGUCCGUUUAUUUUACUAUUCCAAUUAAAUGAAUUAAAAUCCGAAAUUAA